AAAAUCAAAAAGUGACCCGGAGCAGGAAGUUUAUGUCGACCGGUUUCCAUGUGUUCGCUUUUUCAUUCAUGUUAUUGGCGAAGCGCUAACUUUAAGCAGCACAAUUUUAGAUAAAAAUUAAAAAUAAAACAGACCUUGUGAUUUUAGAACACGGCCCCGUGUACUGUCCCCCCGUAUGUAGACCACAACCGCUCGUGCUGCCAAGCUAGCUGAAGUCGAAGUCGAGCUAAAGUGUUUUAGAAAAUUGAGAGUGGCGAUUUCAGGGUUUCUAUUUUAUUUUUAUUUUUUUGAAUGAAAACUGCACUUACCAGUAUGAUUAAGGAAAACAGGUGGAACAUCCCCCCCAAUGCUCCUGCUUGUAUGGAGAAGCACCUGUGCGCGGCUCAGUACCGAGCAGAUGGCACCCUGCUGAUCGGUGCCUCCAGCCUCGCUGGCAGGAACUGGCAGGGCUCUGUGUGGAUCUACAGUGAACCAGAGCACGCCCCCAACGAGGGAUUCUGCAAAGCUGGUGUGCAGACUGAGGCUGGAAUCACAGAUGUCAAAUGGGUGGCUGACCAGAAGGUUGUUGUCACAUCCGAUUCAGGUGCCUUGGAGCUCUGGGAACUGGCAGAGAACGAGCACCUGUUGGUGAAUUGUUUUACCAGAUACGAACACGACGAUGUGGUCACCACAGUGAGCCCUGUCGUUGGAGGAAGCGAUGUUGUGACUGGCAGCAUGGACUGCCGAAUUAAAGUCUGGGAUCUCAGUCAGGAAACUGUUGUCACAACCUACAACGUUCACACACAGCCUGUUAAUAGUGUUGCCUGCAGCCCUACUGAUGAGUCUCUCUUCAUCUCCUGUGGUCAAGACGGCCGAGUGUUGAUGUGGGACAGGAGGAAGCCAAACAAACCAGCCUCAAAAAUCGAUGUUGAGUCCCCGAAUUGCUCAGCUACCGCUGUUGCUUGGCACCCCCACCACAGAAGCACCAUCGCUUUUGGCGACGAGCUGGGCAGAGUGACCGUUAAAGACUUUCUGGGAACUGAACCGGCCAGAGUGAAGACGGUCCACAGCCGCAGAGUUAACAACCUGGCCUUCUCCACAAACAGUGUUGUGUUACUGGCCUCCACCAGUGACGACUGCUCCCUCGYCGUUAUGAACGCUGAGCUGCAAGAAAUGCUCAGAGAUCGGCGGCACCGGGACUUUGUCAAAGGUGUUUGCUGGCUUCACGAGAGCUCCACCGCUCUCACAACCGUAGGCUGGGAUCACCUUGUUCUUCAUCACACCGUGACUCCAGCUGCUGGAUCUUCUGGUUCCUCGCCUUAGACUGUGUACGAUCACCUUUGAAAAAGUAACAAAACUUCUUUGCCUGAGGUGUCCGUGUAUUUCUGGGUUAAAUUUAACAGGUGAAUAGAUCUGAAGCAUCUGACUCACUUCAGAUCUGUGCGCACUUAUUUCAACUCCACCCACUUCCACCGUACUGUACAACAUUUCCACGUGUGAGAACAUUUAUUUGUAUUACUUUGUUUUUCAUUAAAGCUAACUUUAACAUUGACACAGAAA